AGGGGAUAUGGCAGGCGGCGUUUGAGGAGGAUGGCGAUUUUGGGCAGAUGUGCGGCAGCAUCCUCAUGAAGCUCAUCGUGGACCUGUGGAGCAGCGCGGGGCCCGCGGGCUCCUACACCCUCGUGCUGCGCAUGCUGCGAGCCGCACUGCGCAGCAACCAGCCCUCCACCCGCGCACGCGCCUUCGACGUCGUCUACAACCUUUCGGUCCACGGCGCCAUGCUGAGAGGGGAGGCGGAGGAAACGGCGCUGUCAGCGGCUGCGGCCGCAGGGGCGAGCGGCAGCGGCGCAGGCGGCAUGCAGCUACCCUGGCAGGUGGGGGCGUCGGCCCCCGUGUCGCCCUUUGUUUCCGGCGGAGGAGGACAACACACGCCGCCGCCAGCCUCCCGUGCAGCAGCAGUUGCCGCGUUGACGCCGGUCGCCAGCGCGCCUGCAGCGUCGACGCCGCCGCCUGCGGCGGCGGUUUCGCAUGCUGGCCCAGCAACAGCACCAGCUGGCCACGUCAGCGGUCCCGUAGCUGCCAACCCUCGUCCUGUGGGCGCACACAGUCUGGGUCUGGGCGGGAGCACGAUGCUGGACUCGGCCGGCAGCCUCACAGGCCUAGCGGCGGGGACCGUCCGCAGCGGCGGCGUUAAGGGCGGCGUUUCCAAAGGCAAUCUGGGCGCUGCUGCGGCAGCUGACGGCGGCGAGGGUGGGUUGACGUCAUCGCUGCUGCUUCCCAAUGACGGCUCGGAAGCGACUCGCCCGGCGCCUUCAGAGUCUCCGGAUGGGAAGGCGCAGCAGCAACAGCAGCAGCAGCAGCAGAGGGAGGCGGGAGGGGCAGGGGGGGUGGCGGGCAGUGCGAGGGGUGGAGGUGACGUGGCUACGGGGUACGACAGGUGGCUUCGAGCGCUGCUGUUUCAGCUGCUGUGCGACCUUUGUGAGGGCGCCGAGUACAGCGCCGAGGUGUGGCGAGCCGCGCUGGGCUGCACCUCCCACCUCUGCAGCCACGGGGGCUACUGGGUGGCUGCAUGGACACAGCACCUGCCGCCCGCAGCGCUGGCGGGCCUCCUCCGAGCCGCAUGCAACCUCAACUGGUCGCAAGAGCUCUACGCGCACUUGCUGCGGCUGGUUCCGCACGUCCUGGUCAAGUCACCGGCUACGGUGACGCCCGGGCUACCUCCCUCCCAACAACAGCAGCAACAGCAGGGCUCGGCGUCGUCGUCAUGCUCGUCUGGAAAGCGCUCGGAGAGUGCAUUUGCGGCCCCCGCGGCGCUGAGCGCGGCCGCUGCAGCGGCGGAGGACCCUGUCGCCGCCGCCGCCGACGGCGCCGCGCUGUCGCAGCAACGCCUCGCUGCCUUCGGAGGCCUGGAGGAGCUCCUCUUCCACUUCAUGCGCGCACCCACACCCGACUCCCGGGCUUCGCUGCUCACCACGCUCGCGUAUUGCUGCUGUGGCGGCUGUGCCCCUGGCGGCGGCGGAGAAGCGGGAACUGCGGGUGGUGGUGGUGCUGCUGCUGGUGGUGGGGGUGUUGGCGGAGGCGGGCUGUCGCUGAGCAGUAGCGGAGAGCGGCUGUCGGGGUUACCCAGUCCAGGAGGGGGUGGCGGUGGGAGCCCGGGCAACCGGUUGGCGCAGCAGGAGGCGGGGCCGGCGACUGCUCUGGCGCUGUUGCAGGGGCUGCACCUGGACAGCGUGUGUUUGGCGUUGAGGGCUGCGCUGCAGCGGCCUUGGCCGCACAUGUCAUCCCGCCUGGCGGACGUCCUAGCCACCGCAAGCGCCGAGGCAAACGGCCCCGCCCUGAGCGGCCUCGUGGUGUCACCCUCCGCCUCCGUCUCCGGCUCCGCCGAUUACACCGCGGCCACAGCAGGGGGCACCCUGCCCCCCGGCGUGGCAUCACCCAUCGCCGCCCGCGCGCUGCUGCGACCCCUGUUGGAGUCCCUGGAGCUGUGCUGCGCUGACAGCAUGAUGUCUCCGCAGGGAGGCGACCUGCGGCGGCACAUGGACGUCAGUGAGGCGCACAUCACCGGCGGCAGCGGCAGCAGCAGCGGCGUGCCCGUGUCGCCACAGCCGCCGCCGACUGCGGCCGGCGUGAGAGACGCCUGGAAGAGCUUCAUGCAGGUGUGCAGCGAGGAGAGUGCGGAGGCGCGACACAUCGCCAUCCACUGGCUGCACAAGCUCCUCUCUGCGGCCUGCCGCGCCUGCCAGGGCCAACUGCUCCUGCUCUCCCCACUCUCCCUCAAGACCUCCCUCGAAGCAGGCAAGCCCCUGGCCGCCGCCGGUCCCUCCUUCGGCCCCGCCGCGCCCUCGCCCUCCCCCCCGCUCCCCCGCUGGAACGUCGCACUCGCCGACGCGCUUCUGCAUGUCGUACGAGAGGCCCCUCGCGGUUGCGAACUCCUCAUCGCGGCCAUCAAUCGCGUGGUUGCGGAUCUCAAGGCCGCCGCAGCUGCCUCGGCAACCCCGGGCCUCGAGCUGCCCAUGUCACCACGUCUAGCGGCGCUGCAACCAAACAACAUCAACCAUGCAUCCGCAGCAGCCGCGGCGGCGGCGGCGGCCGCCGCCGCCGCCGCCGUGGGAGAGGACGCAGCCGUGGUUGCAUGCCGACGGGUGAUGUUGUUGUACUAUGUGGCGCUGCAGUGGAUGUUACAGUGUGGUAGCGCUGAAGCGCGCAUGCCGUCAGUAGUAGAGCUUGCGGAUGCGGUGUUGACGGCGCUGCUACAACCGGAUCCCGCGCUAAACGGCGGUGGCGGCGCCGCUGCCGCGGCGCCGCCGGCCCCUGUCGCCGCCGCCAGCAACCUCAACCCGAUGGGGGCAUCGGCGGACAAGCCGCCUCAGCCGCCGUUGCCGCACGGUAUGACGGGCACCAUGCGGGGCAGCGGUGGUCACGGCAUUCGAAGCGGCAGCAUCGUGUCUCAGCUGCAGGUGUCGCACCUACACACGCACUCAGGGUCACAUCUGGGCAGUGCUGCCAUGGCAGCAGCUGCUGCAGCUGCUGCGGCCGCAGCUGCCGCAUCCGCCAGCCAACAAAUGCAGCAACAACAAGCCUCCCAACACCAGUCCCAAUCGCCCUCGGUUUCGGAGCCUGGCGGCGGCAUGCUCAUUUCCCAGCAGCUGCUAGCCGGCCUGCUUGCCUUGGACGCGGAGGCCCUGGCAUGCACGCCACCUGAGCUGCUGGUUGCCCUGUUGCAACAGUGCUCUCAAAACCUACACGACGCCAGGUCGGGGCCAACGCCGGGCGCUGCUGCUGCUGCUGCCGGGGGGUCCUUCGGUCACGACGGCGGCGUCGCUGACGGCAGCGAAGGCCUCAAGCGUAGCGUCGGCGGUUACGGCAGCAUGCAACGGGGCUUCGUGGGCCGUCCGUGUGCUGUUUUGGGAGCCUCUGCGACAACGACCUUGUUACCGGGGGCAGCUGCAGCAGCAUCCGCAGCAGCAGCAGCAGCGAAUGCGGGCUCCGCCGGCGGUGGCGGCGGUGCCAGCGGCAUGAGUCGUCUGGGUACGUCGUUCAUUCGCGCGAGCUCCUCUGGUGUGGCAGCUGUGGGUGGCAGCAGCAGCGGCGGCGGCGGCGACGGCAGCGCGCUAUCGGGUGCCGCGGUGGGGCCAUGGCAGGAUGAUUGGCAGGACAGGCGGCUGGCGCUGUUGCUGCUGCUGAUGGCUCGGUGCUCGCUGGAUCCGGAGGCCUUUGCCAAGUACUCCCUGUCGCAUGUGAUCAAGGCGCAGCUGGGGUGCGAGGAUCUGCGUUGCAGAUACUACGCAGGCGUGUACCUGCUGAAGCACUGGAUGCUGAACCAGCAUGACAAAUACUGGCGCACGUUACGACACAUCAUCGGUACGGCUCAGCAGCUGAACGACGAGCGGCUGCUGGACAAUCCCUACCUCCAGAUGCGCACCAUGCUCAACGUGGAUCAUGCCUGAUUAGGACUUGGUACCAUGCCUAAUUAGGAUUUAGGAUGUGUAGAGGGCGUAUAAGGGGCGCAAAAGGGUGCUGCGUUGCUGCUCUGCGGCACGGUUUAGGACGUAUAGGGCUGCGGCUAAAAGGCUGAAAGGGUGAUUGCACACAGUGGCACGAGGUGGUUGGCUACCCUGCACAGGAGGUUGAGCCAACAGGGUGGUUCGCGUGGGUGAAGGUGGGUGUGCUGCAAGGUGCCUAGCUUGCAUGUAGCUUGGGCAGUGUGCAUUCACGGCUAAGAAUUUCCUCGUGGCUGAUCUGUUCUUCAAGCCGUGAAGGGCUGUCAGUCGGCUGCAGUGGGGCUGCUGGUGCUGCUAGGUGGUUCAGCCCGGUACUCUGCUGUCGUCGUCGCCACGGGGAGGGGCGUUUUUGACAUCACGGGGCACACAGCGUUUGUUUUCAUAAGCAGAGUCGAUAGGCAGGGCCUAAGUUGCACAGGUUUUGCAGGGGAGGGAGUACAAGCUUGGUAAUGUCAGGGGCUUUUACACGUUUUCGGUAGGGGCAGGUAUGUUGCUUAGAGCUAGGCAUUGCUGCUGUCAUUAGAGAGGGCAGAGCCUGGGGAGCAUGUGAACGGCUGGGGCCUAAGGAGGGGCAACCCCCUAAGGCAACCCCUUGCUGUGCAAGCCUGGAGCAGUGGGAGUGGAAUUUACGGCUGUGGUGGGAGCCAGCGAGGGGAUGCGAGUUUGCAUUUCAAGGAAUUUUGCAGGCAGGAAGGUUUUUUGUUGGAUACGGCUUACAGAACAACGAAGCAAUGGCAGUGGACUGCCCUGGCUCUGUACAGCGCUCC